AUGAACGACCUGACCCCCGAGCUGGGCAGGAGGAGAAGAGCGGCUUGGGGAGCGUGCAAGAGCAUCGAGGAUGUAGUGAAGAAGACCAGGAACACCUGGCUCCGUGCUCACCUCUACAACACCACCGUACUUCUUGCUUUAACCUAUGCUUCGGAAACUUGGGCAUUUCGCAAGCAGGAAGAAAACGCAAUGAGCGUCAUUGAACGCGCAAUUGAGACACUGAUGCUAGGGGUAUCCCGUUUCACGCAAGUGAGGGACGGGAUUCGGAAUUCUCUCCUACGUCAGCGAUCGAAGAUUAGAGACACCGCCGCGUUUGCCAAAGAAAGUAAAAUAAGCGAAAUUAAGCGCACUACAGAAAGACCGACUCGAUGGUCAGACUUCUUCACGAAGUCCUUCAAAGAAAAGUAUGAUGCUCUCGUGUCCCACGCGAAAGGAGGAACCACUGGGCUACUAUGGCACGCGAUCGGGACAAGUGGAAGAAUUACUGGCGCCCGCUUGAGCAGUUCGAAGAUCAACGGGAGUCGAGGUGAUCAAGGUGAUCAAGGUGAUAGUGCAAUAGUACUCAAAACUGGGAAUCAGAGUGCUUAUGGAGAAACCAGUCUGAACGUACAAUAG